AUGCCUAAUCUCCUGCCUUCUCAUCAUCACGACGCCGUGCUUCCUCCUCGACCGUGCCUCACAACCUCCCGUCCGGACUCUGCCCCUCCUUCCUAUAUCUCGCCCACACCCUCUAUCUCAUAUCGCCCCUCCCAUACUCUCCCUGGCGUCACCCAACAGACCUCCGAGUGCCUCGAAAAGUUCCAGGAACUGAAGACGGGCAAGAAGCUCACCUACGUCAUCUACGGCCUGUCGGACGACAAGAAGUCGAUUGUCGUCCUCAAGACGUCCGAGGAGAAGGACUAUGACAAGUUUGUGGGCGAGCUCCCGGAGAAGGACUGCAGGUGGGCGGUGUAUGACUUUGAGUACACUCUGCCGGGCGGAGAGGGGAUUAGGAAUAAGCUGGCCUUUAUCAUGUGGUCGCCCGAUGAUGCCAGCGUCAAGUCAAAGAUGAUCUUCGCCUCCUCCAAAGACGCCCUCCGCCGCCGAUUCGACGGUAUCCACAUCGAGCUCCAGGCUACCGACUUUAGCGAGGUCACCAAGGACGCCAUCAUGGAGAAGGCCAUGAGGCGAUGA